AUGAAAGCAGCAGUCGCUACCAGCCUCGUCGCCGUCCUUGCCGGCAUGGCCAUGGCGUACCCACAGUCGCCGUCGCCGUCGCCUUCCUCGUCCGCGACAGAGUCGUGGUCCCCGGCGCCCGACGGAACUGUUUGCAAGCAGCACUCCGAAUGCGGAGGAUGUGGCCCCAAUGGCUUUAAGGACCCCCGGGGCAAGGAUUCCUCAGCAUCGAUGACCUGCUCGUUGUGCUACCCCAGCUAUGCCAUGGGCAUUGACGAGAACAAGUGCUCCCAGUCCGUUUACUGGGACGACGAGCUCAAAGAGGUCUUGGAUAUGAGGUAA